CUUUUUGAGCUUGGCGUGCUGCCCACAUUGCUGCCCAACUGCUGCCCCGCGCCCCAGAAAUCAGGGUACGGCAAAUCUACCACUGCGCCACAUCGUUCUGCUGAGCUAUUGGGUGUGCGCUUGCUUAGCGUGGCGUGUGGGAGCGUGAUCGUCAACCAACAGCUCAAGGGCAUCCCGACGCAAGAACGAGCGUGGCCGGCGCAUUAGGAGCUACGCUGUCAAAAUACGUAGACAAACAGUAAACGCGUCAUCAUGAGUAAAGCGCUAGCCCUGGCCCUCGCGUGCCACGGUGUCGCCGCCUGGACCGCGUCUGACGCUUCAAUCCGCAGCGCAGUGCGUCUCUGGCUCUCGGACAAGUCUGCCGCCGAGGUCAAGUACGGUCAUAUCUCCACGUGGGAGACCGGUGGGGUCACGGACAUGGAUUUCUUGUUUUGCGUGCGGACUGAUUGGAUUGACGCAGAGUACGAAGACGAAGACAAUUUUUUAGAUCCCUGCGUGCUUCCAGCAUCGGCGUCGUCCUUCAACGACGGCAUCAGCGCGUGGGACACCUCCAGUGUAACGACGAUGAAGUUGAUGUUCCACGGCGCCUCGGCCUUUAACCAGCCGCUGAACGACUGGCGGGUCGACAAGGUCACGAAUAUGAACGGGAUGUUUUUACAAGCCGCGGCAUUCGACCAGCCGCUCAACGACUGGUGGGUUGACAAGGUCACGAGUAUGGUGGGAAUGUUCCACGACGCCUUGUCGUUCAACCAAGACAUCAGCGGCUGGAGGGUCGAGAACGUCACGAAUAUGUACAUAAUGUUUGCCGGCGCCAGAUCGUUCAACCGGCCGCUCGGCGACUGGCGGGUCGACAAGGUCACGGAUAUGAGCUACAUGUUCCGCGAGGCCUCGGCGUUCAACCAGCCGCUCGGCGACUGGAACGUCGACAAGGUCACGGAUAUGCACGGGAUGUUCUACAAGGCCAAAGGGUUCAGACAGGACCUCGGUUGGUGCGUGAACGACGACGUGAACAUGAAAUACGCGUUCCAAAAAUCAAGGUGCGAGUGGACGUCGUGCGGCGUCAUGCAAAAGAAACGUUAUGAGCUUGAGCAAUGUGUCUACACGGGCAAGUCUUAUACUCUGCUGAUGGUAUUCGUGAUCUCUUUUGUGGGAGCGUCGCUGCCCGUGCGAGAGAUCAAAAUCUUGCGACCCAGAUGUCAGUCUCCGGCUCACUGGUUGAAUCUCGCGCAGGUUGCUCGUGGCGCUCGUGGUGAACGACGGGACGUUGGAGGGUCUCUUCUACCGAACGCCAGUACGCUACAGCGGCGUGGGAAGCGACGACGAGGGAAUCGAGAUGUCGGGCUCGUCAGUCGCUACGGGGUCGAAUCUAGCCGCCGCGACGACCUAUGUGAUGCUGCGAGGAUUCCCAAUGACUCGACUAGCUCUAAAUCUCUAUAAAUAUCGCGUGAGGAUAUUGACCUCUAUCAAGGCAAUCGUCGAUUACGGAAAGGACAAGCCCUGGUGGGUGGCCAGAUUCGUCGCCGUCUGUCUAGGCAACCCGCUCGCGUUUUUUGGUUAUUUUGGUUAUGUGACCCAGCACCACGAGGUGCUCGGAAUCACAGCGUUCAAGGACCUUGGUGGGAACAUUUUUUGGAUGAAUCCACUGCUCUUCGUGGCGGUCACUUUUCCGAUCUACUUGCUCUGGGUGCUGUUCAAUGUCGAGGCGAUAAGGGCAGUGACUGUAUGCAGCGACAGAUCGUUUGAUGCCAACAACUAUUUCGAGACGUACACGCCGAGGGCUGCGGCCGUGGCAAUACCAGGACUAUUGAAUUUGCUUGUUUGGGGUACUUCGGGAAUGGAAGGCAACGUCUUCGGAUUCAUGUUUUUUCUUCCGCUGCUGAUAGCACAAGUUUUGUACCUGGCCAUGUGGGUCUACGCCCUGUGCUCUUCCUGCUUCGUUAAAAAUCAAUAUAAUAAUCCGUCAGGAACUGACGACUUAUCGCAAACUUCAAUGGUCUGAGCUUGGUGUAGCUUCCUGCCGCAGUCUGCUGACCCGCUUUCGGCGGUGACGGCUUCCGACCCUUUCCGGACCUUAACGCCAGCCUGACGACUUCACAGUUCUUCGUCGUCUCCGCGGCUAGGCGGUCUAGCUCUAAUAGGAUAUUCCUUCCUUAAUU